AUGAAAAAUGCUCCAUCUUCUCAUGGAGUCAACUUUACACCAUAUGAUUUCAAGUCAAGAGAAGUAAAAAGCAAAGAUCUUCCUCAGAGUCCUUUGUAUAUUGGAUGGCUCUACGAUACUUUUGGAUUAAAUUUAACUCAAAGUAAUAAAAAGUGUUUCAUGUUCGAUUAUCAGUUGACACACACCAAUCCAGCCAGAUGCAUAGUAUUUGUUAAUAAAUUAGAUAUCUAUCAACUACAAAUAAAAACCGGCGAUGAAAUUAAGAUUUUCUUUUGGUCAGAUCUAAGAUCUUUUGCAGAAGAGACAACAACUGUAUUAUCACAGAUUAUUAAGCAAAGUUACAUGAAAAAUUUUUCAAUUCCAUCAAUUUUACCAUUUGUCGAUCAACGCUGGGAAACAAUUGCAAGCUACAUGACUAAUAGCCGCAACAAAUCACAAGACACGCGAAUUUUAUAUCAUUACAUUAACCAUUCCUCUUAUGACGAAAAACGAGAUUUUUUAACAUUCACAUAUAAAGAUGGAACAGCACAAAUACUAUUUACAAAAUUCCUAACAUAUUUGUCUGAUGGAUCUACCAUUGUUGUCGAAGAAAAUAACGCUGGAGCGUUACUUCCAAUUUUAAAAUCGUAUAUACAGUCAUUUCCUAAUCAACCAGACAUAAUAGCGUUUUUCUCAUGCUCUGCUGAUCAAUCUAUGCCAAUUGCAAAACAUAUUCCCGUUGAUUCAUUUUCAUCAUGCAUAUUAACACCGGCAAGAGCAGCAUUACUCUAUCACAGUCGCGCAUACUACUGUUUUACAGAUAGUUCUUUAGAACCAAUCGCUCCUUUGUUCUUUAAUUCUCUAAAUGAAGAAAAAAAGAAAUUUGUUGAUGAAUGUUUUAACACUUUAACGCUUGUUUUAGAGACAGUUGUCGAAUCAAUGGCAUUUAGACUACUUCCACAUCAUUUAUUCUACAAAUUAUUCCGUUCUGAUACAGCAUUAGCCAAAUUAACCACAAAUUUCAUUUUGGCUUGCAGGGUUUUAGAGACAUUUGGAAUUAAACCAGUUUCAUACCCAGAAUUGCCAGAUAUGACAAGAGAACCUGAAUGGGCUACAUUUGAUUUAAGGUUAGACACUGUUUUAACGAUGAUUCAAGGGAAGAGUCAGCCUGCCGAUACAGGGUUCAAGAAAUUUUUGUCCGGAGUUUCAUGUUCCGUAAAUUAUGUAAUGACAGCUCCGAUCAUCACUCCUGAUCCGCCAAUCGAACUUAGUUUCCUCAAGCUCCUCCUAAGAGACGACGAAUAUUGUUUGGCCGCAUGUGACUCAUUGGCCGUAUUUCUGAAUAACAACUUCAUGGCGAUGGAAUGGACGCUGAACUUUUUCAUUUUCACGACAUUGUUCUCGGUUCUUGAAAGAGGAAAGUGUUCGGCUUCUGUUUUGUUUUGUAUUACAAAAAUAUUAGCUUAUUGCCCAGAUAUCCGCAACACAGUAUCACAGCAACUACCUAAAGCUAUAGAAUAUUCAUUAAUUCCUAAGCUACAACAAAACGGAGAGCUUGUACAAAAAAGAUUAGUACUUAUUACGUUAGUUUUAGUUUUAAACGAAUCCCAACAAUGCUGCCGUACAGCUAUGAAGUCAAAGGAUAUCAUUAAAUUCUGUUACAUCCCAGAUUUUCCAACUUGGAGUUUACAUUUAAUUAAUUGCCUUGCUACAUCAAUAUCUGAGAGUUCCAUCAAGGGGCAACUCCUCGAAAUAGUCAAAAAAGUCGACUCAAAAGGCGACAUCGAGAUAGAACUCUGCAUUGUUUCAGCAUUAAGCUCAUUUAUCGCCACAUCCUUACAACCAGGCCUCAAACAUUACAACUUUACUGACUAUUAUGAUAAAGGAACCAUAGAAGAGCAAGCAAUGCAGAUAGGUCUCGAAAUGGGAAAUUCAUUAUCGGCAAUUAUUCGACACGAAGUACUUAUUCUAUUUGCAAAGUUUGUUUCUAUUCAUAUUACAGAAUUUCUCGAACCAAAGAGUCCAUUUUUCGAAGAACUCGGUAGAUUUUUCGCAAAUUGUUUAAAUGACCCUUCUCCUAUGGUCAAAGAACUCGCAGAUUCCAUUCGUGCUAAAAUUGAUGCAAGUGAUGAUUUCCCAAAGCUUUCAAAUGUCGUAAAUCAGUAUCAAACAGCUUUAUUAGGUGUAGUUGACCAAUUAAUGGCUGAUUCAGUUACUCCUUUCUCGAAGAUCCUUUCUAAUGUUACAUACAACAAAGACUCUUUCACUCCGUCCAAGAUAAUAAGGGUAAAUGAAAUGAAAAGAAUGAAAUAUUUAGCGACCAUGAAUUUCAAUGCCGAAAUUUCCACAAAUCUUUCCGUCAAUGGUAACGAUCUUAUUUACGGAGAUUUGAGGGGAUAUAUCUCUAAAGUAGACAUCAAGGAUACUACAUUAGUGAAAUCAGUGAAAACUGUUAAUUCUUCGCUGACAUCAAUAUCUUAUUUCAAGAACGGAGGUUAUCCGUUGAUAUUUUCAUCAUCCUAUGAAGGGAAGUUUUAUUCAUAUUCCAUUUCCAAUAUAUUUGACCUACAAAUGGUCAAUUGUUUUAAAUUUUCCAAUGAUCUUAAUGUACAGCGCCACAGAUAUAGAUUUGAUGUAGAUCCUGUUACAUGCAAGAUGUUUUCAUGGAGUAAUGACUCAGCAUCUGUAAAUGUCUAUGAUUUACAGUCAUCAAAAUCAUUAUUCGAAAUUCCAAUCGAAAAAGGUAAUGUAACUGGAUUUAAAUCAAUUCCUAGAUAUCCAGAUAUCGUUGCUGUAACAGGAAAUAACUUAUAUCUAUUUGAUUUGAGAGCAUCAAACCAAAAAUACGUAAAUGAGUAUGAAUUGCCAUAUCCCAUCUUCGAUUUCGAUAUUGUCAACGAGCAAAUACCAACAUUUGCUGUUUGUCAUACAGAAUCGAGCGUAAGUUUCGUUGAUGCAAGAUUUCCUGGCGAAAAAACAGUUAUGCUUUGGUCGACAGACAAUGCAUUGACUCGUGGCUUUGCAGGCUGCAGAGAAAAUGGAAUUGUCGCUGUCGGAUAUCCGAAAGGAAUAACUUGCGUUAAUUCGGAAAACUUCGACCAAAAGGAGGUACCUGCUAUUCCAGAAAGUAUCUUCUCUUCGAAGACACCUGUUCCAAGCUUUAUUUCUUUGACUCCCGAAAGAUUAUUAUUUGUUCAUGAAAAAUCAAAUAUUGUUUUUGUAAGUUUAUAA